AGGAGCCCCACGCUGAGCCCAGAGGAUCACCGCCUGUUCCCCUGCCACUUUGACAGGAAUCACAGAGUCUUCACUUCGGAGGUGGAAGUACCUGUUGUGCGUUUUCCAAUUCCAACUUUGGGGUUCCUCGGGGAAAUGCUUAUUUUGAACAUGCUAUGUCCAUGUCCAUGCUGCGCGUACUGGGAAAUAGGUGCAUUCGCUAAGGUUAGUUCCAAAGCCUAGCAUCCACGACUGGCUGUAUCUCAGAUGCAUUAAUUAGGGCCCGACAUCGAACUGAGAGACUUCAGUCACUCAGUAAGAUGCAGUGACUAUUACAUUAUUUACUCUCUGAGGCAGAUAGCUGAGAAGGUGGUGACAGUUGUUAUAUUAUGGUGAUCCUGUAGCCAGACUUGUUUCUUAAAUGUGCCUUUUCCCCCUUCUUUCCGCAUACUUUCUCUCAGCACUUUGCAGAACAAGGAGUAGCUUGCUGUCUUUGAACACGUGGCAAAUAUUUCAGAAAGGUAAAAUUAUCCCACUUGUGGAUUUGACAGAUAACAAAAUGCAGCUGCUGAGAUAACGCUGUUCUUUUUUCUGAUACUAGGGACAGUGGGUCAUUUGGUAACAUGCUUAAAAGUAAAACAUAGUGUUUGAGAAAAGGAGAAAAAAAUAAGGUACAAGAAAGACUCCACAUUCUAAGUAUAUGGGGAAAUUAAACCAUAUUAUAACUUCUUUCCUGCUCCACCUUGCUGUCCGAUGAACACACAUGAUUCCUGGCUUCGAGCUAUGGCUGGGGAAUGACAGCCAGGUUCCCUUUCUUUGUAAAUUGUGGAGCAUUAGCAGUCGGAUUUGAGUCUAGGAACCGUGACACAAACACGCUCAUGCUCAUGUGCAGUUCUCCUUUGUGUACCUUUCAGUCUCACCAUCAAGUUGGAGGAAGGAGGAGUUAUUCUUCCAAAUUCAUCUGCUUCAACUGCUGUUCUCACUGGGAAUGGACAAUGGAAUGUUCUCUAGCUUUAUCAUGGUCAAAACCUUCCUUCUCUUUUGUAUUUCCAUGAACUUUGCCAGUCACUUUGGCUUUUCACAAAUGCCAACAAGUUCUGUCAAAGAUGAGACCAAUGACAAUAUCACCAUAUUUACCAGGAUCUUGGAUGGGCUUUUGGAUGGCUAUGACAACCGCCUGCGGCCUGGCCUCGGAGAGCGAAUCACUCAGGUGAGGACCGACAUCUACGUCACCAGCUUUGGCCCCGUGUCUGACACAGAAAUGGAAUAUACCAUAGAUGUGUUUUUCCGACAAAGCUGGAAAGAUGAAAGACUUCAGUUCAAAGGGCCAAUGCAGCGUCUCCCUCUCAACAACCUUCUCGCCAGCAAAAUCUGGACCCCAGACACAUUCUUCCACAAUGGGAAGAAGUCCAUUGCGCACAACAUGACAACGCCCAACAAGUUGCUGCGGCUGGAGGACGAUGGCACGCUGCUCUACACCAUGCGCUUGACCAUCUCUGCUGAGUGCCCAAUGCAACUUGAAGACUUUCCCAUGGAUGCCCAUGCAUGCCCUCUGAAGUUUGGCAGCUAUGCAUACCCUAAUUCCGAAGUUGUCUACGUCUGGACCAAUGACACCACGAAGUCUGUGGUGGUGGCAGAAGAUGGCUCUAGACUGAACCAGUACCACCUGAUGGGGCAGACGGUGGGUACUGAGAACAUCAGUACCAGCACAGGUGAAUACACAAUCAUGACAGCACAUUUCCACCUGAAGAGAAAAAUUGGGUACUUCGUCAUUCAGACCUACCUUCCCUGCAUAAUGACCGUGAUUUUAUCCCAGGUGUCCUUUUGGCUGAACCGGGAGUCGGUCCCAGCUAGAACGGUGUUUGGGGUAACCACAGUGCUAACAAUGACGACUCUCAGCAUCAGUGCUCGAAACUCUCUGCCCAAAGUGGCUUAUGCCACGGCCAUGGACUGGUUCAUAGCUGUGUGCUACGCCUUUGUGUUCUCCGCCUUGAUUGAAUUUGCCACUGUCAACUAUUUUACAAAGAGAGGUUGGGCCUGGGAUGGCAAAAAGGCCUCGGAAGCUGCCAAGAUCAAGAAAAAGGAGCGUGAACUCAUACUAAAUAAAUCAACAAACGCUUAUACAACUGGGAAGAUGGCCCACCCCCCAAACAUUCCAAAGGAACAGACCCCAGCAGGGACCUCGAAUGCAUCUUCAGCCUCAGUAAAAUCUCCCGAAGAGAAGACUUCUGAAAGCAAAAAGACUUACAACAGCGUCAGCAAGAUUGACAAAAUGUCCCGAAUUGUAUUCCCAGUACUCUUUGGCACUUUCAACUUAGUUUACUGGGCAACAUAUUUGAAUAGAGAGCCAGUGAUUAAAGGAGCUGCCUUUCCAAAAUAAAUCUCCAGGUUCCAAGUCUCCAAGAAAGCCAUGCUUCCAGUGAGAUGGUACCAAGGACAGAUUAAGCUCAAAGGGACUUUCCAUAUUUGGGCAAUAUCUUUCAGGCAUUUUUUGCAUGUUUAGUAAUAUGUACAAAUAAUGUUGCCUUGAUUGUUUCUAUAUAUAGCCUCAGAUGUUUCAAAGAUGUCACCUUGAUGAACAGAGAAAACUUUCUAGAAAAACAGACAGUGACUGACACUCAGAUGCACAGUAUCUUACAUUGAUAGUUUACAAACCAGACAAAUAUAUUUUUAACUGUUCCAAAUAUUACUUAAUGAUUUUUUUUUUAUAUUUCAAAUGUCAUUUCAUACAAAUUUUCCCAGCAAAAAAUAUUUUAGGAAAUGCUCCAUGAUUAUUACCUGACCAAAUAUUGCAAGAAACAAAGAUCACAAAGAGCACAUUUUUCAUUAAAAGAAGCUGUUGACAUUUGUAUACAAAGUUAAUUUCCUUUGAUAAAUCUUACUAUUCUGAAAUUAGAAAAGGUACUGCAUGAUCUUACAUUAAGAAAUAGGAUAGGCAAAUACGUAUGCAGAUAAAUUUAAUAACAGAAAUAUAUGUUAUGUUAGAUUAACUAAUAACAUUUCUAUCCCAUGUAAAAAUUUAACUCCUUAAAAAAUUUUUAUUUUUACUCCCUACUCCCUACCCCUUAUUAACUAAACAAUGACCAUGACAGAAAAAGAGACAUGAAAACAAAGGGCGGCUUGAUGGCAAUCGGGGCAGCGACUGAGCAUGUCUGGGACUUCAUGGUGCUCUCGCUGUGGCCAGGCUGCACUUUGGUGGUAAGACAUCAUGAUAAGUUGUUUUCCAUUUUAUUUCCUUGCACAUAUUUCAUGAUUGGCUUAUUGCUUUUGUUUAUGAAUCAUAAAUAUUCACUAAAUCAUAAAAGAAAUGAGCUAAUCUUGUGGGCAUAUGUCAUUUUUUAAUAUUGUAAUUAGUGAACUCAUUUCCUAAAAAUGACAUAAAGAAAACCCGUUAUGAAAUUGGGGAAAAAAUUCUGCUUGGCAGUUCACCUAUUUCCAAUCUAAUCUUCUGGACUAGCACUUGGAAAUAAUACUUAUUAAAUCCACGGUGAGGGUAAGUGGGUAAGCCAGACAUUUUCCCCUGAGCCAUGACAGUUAGCAAACAAUAUUAAAUAUUAAGCCUGUCUAAAUGGACUGGUUAAUGGCAUUUACUUCUUCAGAACCCAUCCACAUCACUUGUAUUUGGUAGACAUAGACAUGGGUCAUGGGCAUGGAUAUAACUGUUGGUAUGUAAAUGCCCAUAGCCUCAAUCCUCUUAAACUCCAAAUAUUUGCCCUGGCAAAUCUUUGCAUGGGAUUGAAACACAGUUAUCAUGGUUUACUAGAGUCAUGUGAACGAUUCAAGAAUUGCUAAGUUCUCAAAAGGACAGGUAUCCUCUUUUCAGUAUCUCUGAUUCUUUCAAUAUACAGAUAUCAUUGCCUGUUUCUAUAACUGGUUUCAGGACCUCACAAAGCAGAAGGGCAAGCUCAAUGAAAGAGGUAUUUUUAAACAUUAAGACCAGAAGUAUUUCUCUACUACAAACGGUGAUGGUUAGAAUAAUUUGUGAGCUUUCCACUACACUAUAGCAUAAGAAGAUCUAUGACUUCUUCACUGCAAAUACCUUUUUCCAACAAUAUAAAUGGUGACUAUACAGAUGGACCUCACCGCAUGGAAUACACAGGAAUCAAAUUGACUACAUCUGUUAAAAGAGAUGAUGAAGAAGCUCAAUAUCAUCAGUCAGAACAAGGCCAGGGGCCAAUUGCGAAACAGACCAUCAAUUGCUCAUAUGAAGUUCAAGUUGAAGCUGAAGAAAAUUAGGGCAAACUCCACGAGAGCCAAAAACAAACUUGAGUAUAUCCCAUCCAGACUCAGAGACUGUCUUAAGAAUAGAUUUUAGGCAUUCAACACUAAUGACUGAAGACCAGACAAGUUGUGGGAUGACAUCAAGGACAUCAUACGUGAAGAAAGCAAAAAGUCAUUAAAAAGAGAGGAAAGAAGGAAAAGACCAAAAAAGAUAUCAUGACAGACUCUGAAACUUGCUCUAGAAUGUAGAGUAGCUAAAGCAGAAGGAAGAAACGAUGAAGUAAAAGAUCUGAACAGAAGAUUUCAGAGAGCAGCUCAAGAAGACAAGUAAAGUAUUAUAGUGAAAUGUGCAAAGACCUGCAGUUAGAAAACCAUAAGGGAAGAACAUGCUUGGCAUUUCUCAAGGUGAAAAAACUGAAGAAAAAAUUCAAGCCUUAUGUUGCAAUAUUGAAGGAUUUGAACAAUGCAGGGAGCAUCAAAAGAAGAUGGAAGGAAUAUACAGAGUCACUGUACCAAAAAUAAUUGGUUGACCCUCAAACAUUUGAGGAGGCAUUAUAUAAUCAAGAACAAAUGGUACUGAAGGAAGAAGUCCAAGCUGCAAUGAAGGAAAUGGUGAAAAACAAGGCUUCAGGAAAUGACGGAAUACCAAUUGAGACGUUUCAACAAACGGAUGCAACAAACGGUGCUCACUAGUCUAUGUCAAGAAAUUUGGAAGACAGUUUCCUUGUCAAUUGACUGGAAGAGAGCCAUAUUUGUGCCCAUUCCAAAAAAAGGCCAUCCAACAGAAUGGGAAAAUUAUUGAACAAUAUCGUUAAUAUCACACGCAAGUAAAAUUUUACUGAAGAUCAUUGAAAAACAGCUGCAGCAGUGUAUUGACAGGGGACUGCCAGAAGUUCAAGCCAGAUUCAGAAGAGGUCGUGGAACCAGGGAUAUCAUUGCUAAUAUCAGAUGGAUCUUGGCUGAAAGCAAAAUAUAUAUACCAGAAAGAUGUUCACCUGUGUUUUAUUGACGAUGCAAAGGCAUUUCACUGUGUGGAUCAUAGAAAUUGUGGAUAACAUUGCAGAGAAUUGUAAUUCCAGAACACUUGAUUGUACUCACGUGGAACCUAUACAUAAACCAAAAGGCCAUCAUUUAAACAGAACCUGGGGAUGCUGCGUGGUUUAAAAUAAGGAAGGGUUUAUGUCAGGGCUGUAUCCUUCCACCAUACUUAUUCAAUCAGUAUGCUGAGCAAAUAAUCAGAGAAGCUGGACUAUAAUAUGAAAAAGAAUGCAGCAUCAGGAUUGAAGAAAGACUCACUAACAACCGGAGAUAUGCAGAUGACACAACAUCGCUUGCUGAGCAAGGAGGACUUGAAGCACUUACUGAUGAAGAUCAGAGACUGCAGUCUUCACUGUGGAUUAUACCUCAACAUAAGUAAAACAAAAAUAUUCAUGACUGGACCAAUAACCAACAUCAUGAUAAACAGAGAAAAGAUUGAAUUAUUCAAGGAUUUAAUUUUACUUUGACCCACAAUCAGUGCCCAUGGAAGCAGCAGUCAAGAAAUUAAAGGACAUAUUGCAUCAGGAAGACCUGCAAGAGACCUCUUUGAAGUGUUGAAAAGCAAAGAUGUCACUUUGAGGACUAAGCUGUGCCUCACCCAAGCAAUGAUAUUUCAAUCACCACAUAUGCCUGUGAAAGCUGAGCAAUGAAUAAGGAAGACUGAAGAAUUGAUGCCUUUGAAUUACGGUAUUGGUGAAGAAUAUUGAAUAUACCAUGGACUGCCAGAAGAAUGAACAAGUGUGUCUUGGAAGAAUUACAGCCCUUGCUCCUUGGAAGUGAGGAUGGGGAGCUUUCAUCUCAUGUACUUUGGAUAUGUUAUCAGAAGGACACCAUGCUUGGUAAAGUAGAGGAUCAGCAAAAAAGAGGAAGAGCCUCAAUGAGCUGGAUUGACACAGUGGCUGCAACAAUGGGCUCAAGCAUAAGGAUUGUGAGGAUGGCGCAGGACUGGGCAGUGUUUCCUUCUGUUGUGCAUAGUGUCACUCUAAGUUGGAACUGACUGGACAGUACCUAACAACAACACACCACAAAAACUGCCAUUACAAAAAGGAAACCUAAGGUUCAAGAUGAAGUUUCUGUUUUCAUUUAUUGUUUUAAUGGCAUUUCUCUUAUGUAGAUAUUAUAGUUUAGCCUCACAUUGUAGUUUGUAGAAAAAUGUAAGCUAUGUCUAAAUGACUACAUGUAAAAUCACUCACUUUGAAACUUUGAAAAUCUCAGUCCUAGAGGAAACUAUCUUCUGUGUCAGGCUGCAAUAAUGUUCUUGAUGACUUUCAGCCCUUGGUACAGAAAACUAUGAGCUCAGCUGGAUGAAUCUGAGUUUGCAAAUAUACCUACUGCAUUUACAUGCUGCUGCACCUUAAAUCUGAAUGAAUAUUUAAUGAAAAAUAUCACAUUAGUUUUCUGCUCUCUGAUUUCAUAUUGUACAUCUUUUAGUGUUUGCUAUUUUUAAUGAGGACAUAAUAAAGAAUCACCUUGGGAAAAAUAAUAGCAAAGCAAAAAAUAGCAAAUGUUUAAAAAUUAUUAUAAAGUGUCCCACUUUUAGAACGAGACUAUUUAAAUACAUCUGUUUUGAUACCACCAUUAAUAGAAAGAAUAUUCUAAGUCAGUGAUCAGUAUUACUUCUAUACUUUCUUAGGAUCCUGUGAGUUUAUUUAGGAUAAGCCUUGGUUAAAGCUGGGGGACCAAGUGUUUCUAGAGUAACUAUCAAAGUUAAAGUAGUAUAGCAAACAUGUUCCAUUGAAGAUGAACCAAACCCAAAAAAACCACUGCCUUCUAAUCGAUUCCAACUCAUAGUGAUCAUAUAGGACAGAAUAGAGCUACCCCAUAGGGUUCCCAAGGCUGUAAAUCUUUACAAAGCAGACUGCCACAUAUUUCUCCCACAGAGCUGCUGGUGGGUUUGAACCUCUGACCUUUUGGUUAGCAGCCAAGUGCUUAACUGGGCUCCUUGAAGAUUGACAAGAAGGCUGUAAUCUUCUGAACAGUUUCAUCAUGUAAAAUGCCUUAGAAAUAGUACUCUAUUUGUUCUCUCGUGGAACAAGUUACAGGAAACCGGUAGAGUAAAUGAGAAAUUUCUGCUGUACAAGUGAGAAUAUUGAAACCUAAACAGGUUGAUCCAUUGGCUCAAAGUCACCUAGCAAGUUAGGAAAAAAGGCAGACUAUGUUCCAUUUCUCAUAGUUUUUAACCCGGGGUCACUACCCCAUGCAGUUGUUUCCAGAUGUAAGUUAAUUUAGAGCAUAAAUAGAACCUAAAAUGGGGAUUUUUACUUCAUGCCCUGGUUGAAUGAUUAUUAAGAAUGCCCUAGAGAAUUUUUUGGCACGAAAAACAUGACCUUUAAGUCUAUUCUUUAUAAUGUAAAAGUCUGUACAUCUGGGACCUUAAAAUUCCAUCUUGAUAGAAUGGACCAUUAAGGUAGCCCUUCACCUCCCCAUCAAAAAAAGAGGGAGGGGGAAGAGGGAGAGGAAACGAGUGAGGGAGGAGAGAGAGAGAGCACUGAUUGACUGGGGCAAAAUAUCUAAAUAUGAUUGCUCCUUCCUAGGCAUUGCUGCCAGCUCCAGCAUGGGCAGGGGCAGACACCUCAAUGGGGAAGCAUAACUGAUGAUGACACUGAGUCUUCAAUCAACAGCCUACAUUGUUGUAUGAACUAGUUUCAAAUCAAAAAACUUAAAAUUUGUUUUAAAAAUUGGAAAUACCAUAGAUCAUUCAGUGAAAAUGGUAUUUUAGAUAUUUAAAAAUUAGUCUUAAUGUCUUUUUACAAUACUGGUACAUCUGGGACACUCCGUGCCAUGAGCAAACAUGCUGAGUAUUUGAGUAUGAAUUAUUCUAAUCACUGCAAUUACUUGCCAGGUCUGCAAUGACGUAAGGUACUGAUUUUUGAAGUAUGUAAAAAUGUUGAUUUCUUUAAGAAUUUGCAUGAUUAUCUGUUUGAGCCUGCUGUCAUUUUUAGAAGAUGGUCUCAACCACAAACUUGAAUGCUGUGUACCCUAUUUAAAAAUGAGUAUGGGAUCUUUAUGGAAACUUGCACUUUAAAAAUAUUUACUCCCUAGAAUGCCCCUAAUCUAAAAGUCUGAAAAAGUGGGUUCCCUUAGAUUUUCUGAGUUCAAACAGACAGACAAACAGAAGCUGAUACUCAGAUACUAUGUUUUAUAAUGUAAGGUACUAGAAAGUUUGAAAUGACCUCUGACCAAAUAUACUAAUUUAAGCUCAAUUUAUUCUACAUCCUUCCUGUCAUUCCCACUGAGUCUCCAGUGGCCAACAUUAUUCCAGACUCAUGACAAGUGCUUAAUGGAUGUGAAUGGAUUGAAGGAAUGAAUACCUGAAGGAGGUGUACUGGAUUUGAUAAAACCCCUUUGGGUAGAGAAAACAAAUUGGUUGUAUCCUCCAAAAUAAAAUAUUUACUUAACGUUAUAAAACAAAAAUUUCAGAGAAUUUUACAGUUAUAUCCAUACUCUAACAACACUGGUAACACAUUUCCAAAUGGUGACACCUGGCCAAAGCUGAGUAACAAGCUGACUUUUCAGGUGGGGUGAGCAUAUAAUUUGUCAACCAGAGAUAAGACUUCCAGAAUGGUGAAGUAAGCAUCUCAGUAAAUCCUUUCCCCUCAAAAAAUAAUCAAAAUAGCAGGGCAAGAUGGCAAAGUAAACAGUCAUUCCCAUUUACCCCCUUGCAACUAACCCAAUGAACAACGAAUAGAAACAAGCACAGACUGAUAUCUCAGACCUCUGGACAGCAGUUGAAGUGCUGCAGAGUCAAAAGGGACAAGAGGAGGAGUGGGGUUGGCAUAGAAGCUGGGAGAUUCUGGCCACUGGCAUCUGGAGGACAUGGCUUAUUGUGCCCAUUUUGGGACAGGAACAGGCAACACCCCAAAGAAUGCGGAUGGGAGAUAAGCUGAGGAAGGUGUAGUCUGAUUAAGGCAGUGCGAUUGGCUGUGGGAGUUCCCAGGCCAUGCACUGGGGUGGGGCGGGGGAGCAGGGAGGCCGAGGCAUUACAAGUGGGUGCUGCUGAAUCUCACUGCGACCAGAUACUGGAGAGCACUUUUCAGAUAUACUGAAAAGCUGAGCUGCACAUCCAUCAGCCAGGGUGAGAAAACAGGCAACACAGUGAGAAACGACUGGCUCCCAGCCCACAACUGGGUGCCAUGGAAGAACCUGUACAGGGUCAUCUGUGAGGGAGGAACAUGAAGCACUCCCCACCCUCUCCUGGGGAGAGCAAGCCCCACUAUUGCCAUCCACAGUUAGCAGAAAGCUGCCACUCGUGUAUAAUCACCCAAAGAGGAGAAAUUUUUUCCAAAACCUGACAGAAGAAAGGGAAGCAGCCCAGCCCUAGGAGUGCAAUGCAUGCUACGGCCAAACUCAUAGAAGACAGAGGGGCCCUCACAUACCAGUGAAGUCAACCACCCUAGGGAGAACCAGUCAGAGUAAGCACCCAGAGUCUUAAA